AUGUCUGAAGGCUAUAAGUAUGAAGAGAUGUCGAACAAAGUUCUUAGGGCUGAUCGACGACUGCUGGAUGAAGGUCCUAAGCGUGGGCAAAACAUCGAUUCCAAUCCUCAGUCUAUGAUAGGUCAUAUGAGUACUGAAGAGAUGGGCUCUGGACUUAAGGGUCACAUUGAAACCAGUAGUGAAGAACAGAAGCGUAUUAGAAAAGAGAUUGAUCAACUAGAAACGAAGAGCCUAAAGAAAAAGAACAAGAACAAGAAUCAUUCUCGUAAUAAUGGACAUAAUACACUAUUAGGUUCAAGUGUGGAAGGCUUUGAUUAUUAUCCUACAAAUGAAGGUAAUAGGGCCAUAUUCGGUAGCAUAUUAGCCUGGUGUGCCAAAGAGUUGGAUAAUGAUGUUCCAGAGUCUGUUGUGAGGUCUCUUGGUGAUGUUGUAUUGGGAAUAUUACGAUCUGAAAGUGUAGACGGCGAUAGGAAGAGUCAUAUAGAACAAACUUUGGAGCAUAGAUUGACAGAUGAGUCAUUCCAGAAUGUUCUUAGUUUAUCAAGGGCCAUCAGUGAUUAUGAAUUGAAGGAGGAGAGUGAUGAUGGAGUGGGAAUCGUCAGUGAUGAGGAGGAGGAGGAUGAUGAGGAGGAGGUGGACGAGGAAGAGGGGGAUGACGAUGACGAGGAUGAUGACGAUGACGAGGAUGAUGCUCGGGAUGACGAAGGCCUCACUAAGAAAGCCCCUGAAUUACCUGACUCAAUACAGCUUUCUGGUACUUCCAGUAAUCUUCAAUCGCACCCUGACAUUCGCAGCAUCGAUCGAAUCUGGUUAACCAAACAGAUUGCUACAAAGUUCCCUGAUUGGGAUUCCUAUAGACAUACAGAUACUUCUAAGGAAAUCUUUGACUGGUUGCAAAACUUGGCUGAGAGUAAGAUAGAUGUGCGUAAAUAUGAGCAUCAUCUUCUUGAGCUGUUCGACUUCGAGGCCAAUGAAUGGAUACAGAUGAUGAUUGCCAACCGUGAUAGAAUAUACUAUGGUAUAAAGCUUCAUAGGGAUGAAACUGAUAAUAUGGACGAGAUAUUCAAGGAGAUGGAUGAUAAAGGAUUGAAUAACUUAGUUUUAGAAUAUAGAGGAGCCCAAAAAAGGAAUGCUGGUGCUGACGUUGAGUCGAGUGUCGAAAAACGGCAGAAAGUGACCGCUGUAAACUCAACGCAUGUUUCACGUACUACCGAGCGCAAAAAACCUCGGUAUGUCGAUCUCGCCAACCUUGUUUUCGAACAGGGUUCUAGGUUGAUGACCACUUCUAAAUUUAAGCUUCCUCAAGGUUCCUUUAAGCGUACGAAACGAAGUUGGGAAGAGGUUCAUAUUCCUGCGCCUACUCCCGUGUCUAUGAGUCCCGAUGAGCAUCUAGUGGAAAUUACAGAACUACCCGGGUGGGCUCAGAAAGCGUUUCCAUCCACCGAAACUACCAAAUUGAAUCGAAUUCAGUCCAAGGUAUAUCCUGAGGCAUUUCUUAACGAUACGAACAUCCUUAUGUGCGCUCCAACAGGUGCUGGUAAGACCAAUGUAGCCAUGUUAACAGUUCUUAGAUUGUUAUCUAAGUAUAUUGAUCAUUCGAAGCAGUCUGAUAGUCCUCGUUUACAAUUGAAUGAUUUCAAAAUUGUCUAUAUUGCACCACUAAAGGCCUUGGUUCAAGAACAGGUCCGUGAAUUUACGAGAAGAUUGCAGUACCUCGGAAUCACUGUUAAUGAACUUACUGGAGACUCCAAUUUAACGAAACAUCAGAUUGCCUCCACACAGAUAAUAGUCACUACCCCUGAAAAAUGGGAUGUAAUAACGAGGAAGAAUAAUGAUGCUUCGUAUGUGAAGCUUGUCAGGUUGAUUAUCAUCGAUGAAAUCCACCUUUUGCAUGAUGAGAGGGGUCCUGUGAUUGAGAGUAUUGUGGCUAGAACUUUACGGCAAGUGCACCAAACCAACGAAGAGCCUGUCCGACUAGUUGGUUUGUCGGCCACCUUGCCCAACUAUACAGAUGUGGCUCAGUUCUUACAAGUUGAUCCUAAAAAGGGGUUGUUUUACUUUGACUCCAGUUACCGACCUUGUCCAUUAGCUCAGCAGUUUGUAGGUAUUACAGAGAAGAAGUCCUUGAAGAAGUAUAAAGCCAUGAAUGAUUCCUGCUACGAAAAAGUCAUAGAGAGUCUUUCCAAAGACCAACAGGUCAUUGUCUUUGUUCAUUCAAGGAAAGAAACAGCCAAAACAGCCAAAUAUCUUGUUGAUAAGAUCAUUGAGGAUGAAAAGUUAGCCAAGUUGGUACACUUUACUAAAGGAUCUCAAGAGAUUCUUCGCUCAGAGUCUGAAAAUGCCACAAAUGAAGGCCUUAAGGAGGUUUUACCUAUGGGUUUUGGCAUCCAUCAUGCCGGUAUGAAUCGUGGUGAUAGAUCCACCGCAGAGGAUUUGUUCGCACAAGGCUACGUUAAAGUGUUGGUGUCCACGGCUACAUUGGCUUGGGGUGUCAAUUUACCCGCCCAUACGGUCAUAAUUAAAGGUACUAGCGUCUAUUCUCCCCAAGAAGGAACCUGGAUAGAGCUUUCUCCUCAGGAUAUCUUACAGAUGCUUGGUAGAGCAGGUAGACCACGUUAUGAUACUAACGGUGAAGGUAUUAUUAUCACAUCGCAGGAUGAAGUAAAAUAUUACUUGGCUAUCUUAAACCAGCAACUUCCUAUUGAAUCCCAGAUGUUCAGUAAGCUUGCUGAUAAUAUCAAUGCUGAGAUUGUUGCUGGCCAUAUCAAAUCCCUUCAGGACUGCGUUGAUUGGCUGGGAUACACCUAUUUGUUUGUCAGGAUGCUUCAUAGUCGGGUUCUCUAUCGUGUUGGAGCCGAUUAUGACCAUGAUACUGAAUUGGUCGAAAGAAGAAGAGAUCUCGCAUAUUCUGCACUGGUUAUCUUAGCCAAAAAUGGACUUCUUCACUACGAUUUUGAGCAGGAUACACUCAUAUCCACUGAUAUGGGUAAAGUGGCCUCAUAUUACUACAUCUCGUUUGAAAGUAUCCACAGGUACAAUCGCCAAUUGAAGCCAUAUAUUGGGGAAGUAGAAUUGUUUCGUAUUUUUGCAGGUAGUGAGGAGUUUAAAUAUCUUCGUGUUAGAGAUGAAGAAAAGCCAGAGUUAAAGAAAUUGAUGGAGAAUGCUCCUAUACCUAUCAACGAAUCGAGUGAGGACCCACUAGCUAAAGCCAAUGUGUUAUUGCAGGCUUAUAUAUCCAAGCUAAAACUAGAUGGUUUUGCUUUAAUGGCCGAUAUCGUUUACAUUGUGCAGAGUGCUGGACGUUUGUUUAGGGCCAUGUUUGAGCUUUGCAGAAGGAAAAAAUGGGCUCGAAUCACUCGAUUGUUGCUUGAAGUGUGUAAAAUGGUGGAAAAUCGGAUAUGGCUAACUAAUUCACCGCUCAGACAGUUUCCGGAUGUCCCAAGAGAAAUUAUUAUGAGUACUGAAAGAUCGCUCACUCCAUGGAAGCAUUAUUUGGCUAUCAGAGAUAGGCAGGAAGAGGUUAUCCAAGCUUUGAAAGCUAAGAAAUUUGGAAAUCUUGGAUAUGAGUUACUUCAGAAGUUCCCGCUGGUUGAAAUACAGUCCAGGGUGGAGCCUAUUACCGCAUCGUUGCUUCGAUUUGAAUUAGAUGUUGUUCCACGAUGGAAAUGGGAUGUUUCUAUUCAUGGUUACAGUCAAUCAUUUACUAUUUUGGUUGAAGACUGCGACUCUGAAAAUUUACUCUAUGCCACAAAUCUUGUGGUAUACAAAAAGUACAUCAAUAAGCCACAUCUAGUUGAUUUCACUGUACCUCUAUUGGAUUCAUUACAGCCCAACUUUUUUGUGUCCGUGAUUAGUGAUAAGUAUCUCAAUUGCGAAACCAGAGUACCAAUCAUGUUGAACAGCAUUCGAAUGCCUGGGAAAUUUCCUGCUCCAACUCCCUUGCUGGAAUUGCCAUUGGUGGAAGUUGAUGAAGGUAUGAGGGAUCUGUUCCAAUUUGAUCAUUUCAACAAGAUUCAAAGUCAAAUCUUUGAUCCUGUGUAUAGCGAAAAAAGUAGCAUCUUGUGUUGUUGUUCUAAGGGAAAUGGGAAGACAGUUGUUGCGGAGUUAGCCUUUCUUAACCACUGGCAAAAUGGCACCGGACGAGCUGUUUACUUGAGUCCUGUUCAAGAGAAUAUAGACUCACUUUAUAAGGCCUGGAGAAAGAAAUUUGCCAAGAUCGGAGGAGGUAGAGUGGUAAGCAAGUUGACUGGAGAACUCAGCGGAGACCUAAAGUUGUUAGCAUCGAGUCAUUUAGUGUUGGCUACUCCAAGACAGUUUGAUUUGUUAUCCAGAAGAUGGAAACAUAGGAAAAACGUUCAAAGCAUUGAAUUGGUUGUUGCAGAUGAGUGUCAUAGACUUGGCGACAGCGAGAUUGGUGCUGUCUACGAGAAUGUCUUGAGUCGAAUGAGAUUCAUGGCUUUGAAUUUGAAAAAAAAUGUGAGAUUUGUUGCAUUGGGCUCGUCUAUUGCCAGCAGCAAGGACUUUGCCGAAUGGUUGGGGAUUCCGCGGAAGAAUAUCUUCAACUUUGAUUCCAAAGAGAGGCAAUAUCCUUUGGAAGUGACGUUCAGUAAGGUGGAGAUCUUACAUAAUCCUUCUGCUAUUCAGUGCAUGAUAUCACCUGCCUAUGAUGCAGUCAAUUCGAUGGAUGAAGAUAAAGGUGAAGAACAGGCGAUAAUCUUUGUUCCUUCAAGAAAAGACUGCGUUGAUAUUUCUGUGGAAUUGAUUAGGAGAUUAACUAAUGAUGAUUAUUCGUGGUUGCGUACAGAUGAGGAAUCCCUAGAGCCAUAUUUACAAAGGGUGGAAGACGAUUCAUUGAAGAUCUGCCUCAAAUACGGUAUAGGAUGUUAUUAUAAGAGCAUGGCGUCACAUGACAGAGUUCUUGUGGAAAAGUUGUUCAGAGCUGGUGCUUUAAGCUGUCUUGUUGCCACUAAAGAGACAUGCUUCUUUUGUGAUAGCGCCAAUUUUGUUAUUGUGUUGAGCACAAAGGAAUAUGAAGGCAAAGAGCAUAGAUAUGUUGACUAUACUAUCGACGAGAUGUUUGAAAUGAUAGGACUUUCCCGAGUUGAGGGUUCUGUUACUUCGCAUGCACUAAUUCUUUCCAACAGCGGUCAAUUGGAUUAUUACAAAAAGUUCAUAGCGGAAUCGAUUCCACUUGAGAGUCGAGUCUAUUACUCUUUGUGCGAUUGUUUCCUAAGUGAUAUCAGUAAUGGAUUGAUAAGCAAUAGACAGCAUGCAGUAGAUUGGAUCACUUACUCUUAUUUCUAUCGAAGAUUGCAAUUAAAUCCAUCUUACUACGGAGUUAAAGAUGUUUCUGCCAACGGGUUAUCUGAAUACUUGUCUGAAUUGGUAGAAAAUGUGUUGAAGGACCUCAACGAUGGUAAGUUGAUUGAAUUGGACUUUGAUGAUGAUGAGAAUGAUGAUAAUAUUGCCGAGGAUAAGGUGGAGAUUACUCCACUAAAUGGAUGUAUGAUUGCCUCUUAUUACAACAUUUCGUUUAUCACCAUGCAGACAUUUGCAAUGUCUCUAAAUAUGAAGACUAAGCUCAAAAAACUGUUGGAGAUAAUCAGUUCAGCAUAUGAAUUUGACGAUAUACCCAUUAGACAACAUGAGGAAGGUGUUUUGUUCCGAUUGUACAGCAUGCUGCCUGUAAAAUGGGCAUCUGGAGCUGAUUUUGAGUCACCUAUUUUCAAGGUGUUUGUACUAUUGCAGGCGCACUUCUCUAGAGUCAAUUUGCCUCCAGAUUUGGCUAGCGAUUUGAAGGUCAUUCUUUCAAAAGUGAUGAAUCUAUUGUAUGCAAUAGUGGACGAAUUGUCAAGCGAAGGAUAUCUGAAUGCGUUAAAUGCGAUGGAUUUGUGUCAGAUGGUGGUUCAAGGGCUUUGGGAUAGUGACAGUUGUCUGAAGCAGGUUCCCUAUUUUGAUCAGAGGACUAUUUUAGAUAAGUGUGAGAAGAUGAGCGUGGAAACGAUCUAUGAUAUUAUGGCUCUUGAAGACAAGGAAAGAGACGAGCUUUUGAGUGGACUUAGUGAAUCUCAGGUGAGUAGAGUGGCCGAGUUUGUGAACAAGUAUCCAAACUUGGAGGUCACUUAUAAACUGGAUAGAAACGAGCCAAUAAUGACGAAUGAAACUAGAAUUAUUACAGUUGAAAUUGAAAGAGAUGAAGAGCCGGAAGACUUGGAAGUCAUUUCAUCACGAUUCCCAUUUAAGAAGCAGGAAGGUUGGUGGGUGGUUAUUGGAGAGAAAACUACCAGACAGUUAUAUGCAAUUAAGAAGGUUGCAUUGAAUAAGCAGGUUGAAGAGGUCAAGAUAGAGUUUAGCGUGGGAGAAGUGGCGGAGGAUUUGGGAAUCUGGUGUAUUUGUGAUUCCUAUAUGGAUUGUGAUAAGCAGGUAGCUAUCAAGCAGGCAGUUAGGCAGGCAGACUGA